CACUCCUACAGCAGGAGAAGGAUAAACCCCACACUGUCGGGAUAAACUAGUCUUUAAGAGAAAUAUUUGCCUUCAGACAGCCUUAUUUUUUAUUUUCUCCUUACCAGACAAUGUUUGUGUCUCUCUGAAAUCAUAGCGUUUCAGUGGAAAUGUCGCCCUGGUGAUUUUUCAUUUACAUGUCAUUGUGUAAAUCCUGUAAAAAACUCAUUUUCAGACUAUUUUUCCUCAUUUUCCUGUGAUUGCCGUGAGUCGUUCUCCUCCAGACGCAUGUUGCUGUGAUUUGUCCCGACCAGCCUACAUAUAGAGGACCGACGACACACGGGCUAACCCACCGUGAUGGAUAAUGCUCAUACUAAGACAGUGGAGGAGGUUCUGAGCUUCUGCAAUGUGAACGAGUCCACAGGUUUGAGCUGUGAGCAGCUGAAGAAGAACAGGGAGAAAUGGGGACCCAACGAACUACCAGCUGAAGAAGGUAAAUCUCUUUGGGAGCUUGUCCUAGAGCAGUUUGAGGAUCUCUUGGUUCGCAUCUUGCUGCUGGCUGCGUGCAUUUCCUUUACUCUGGCUUGGUUCGAAGAAGGGGAGGGAACGAUCACUGCCUUUGUCGAACCUUUUGUCAUCCUCCUCAUCCUCAUCGCCAAUGCUAUUGUAGGAGUCUGGCAGGAGCGCAAUGCAGAAAAUGCUAUCGAGGCUCUUAAGGAGUAUGAGCCUGAGAUGGGCAAGGUGUAUCGACAGGACAAGAAGAGCGUCCAGAAUAUCAGAGCACGAGAAAUUGUCCCUGGAGACAUUGUGGAAGUUGCAGUUGGUGAUAAGGUUCCAGCUGACAUCAGGCUGACUUCCAUCCGUUCCACCACUCUGAGGGUGGACCAGUCCAUUCUGACGGGGGAGUCAGUGUCAGUCCUCAAACACACAGACCCUGUACCAGACCCCCGAGCUGUCAACCAGGACAAGAAGAACAUGCUCUUCUCUGGUACAAACAUUGCAGCAGGGCGAGCUGUUGGUGUUGUCGUGGCGACAGGGGUGCAGACAGAGAUUGGGAAGAUUCGAGAUGAGAUGGCCUCCACUGAUCCUGAGAGGACUCCAUUGCAGCAGAAACUCGACCAGUUUGGAGAGCAGCUGUCUAAGGUUAUCACUUUGAUCUGUGUGGCAGUGUGGGCCAUCAAUGUAGGACAUUUCAAUGACCCAGUGCAUGGAGGCAGCUGGCUGAGAGGAGCCGUUUACUACUUCAAGAUUGCUGUUGCACUGGCUGUUGCUGCCAUACCAGAAGGCCUCCCUGCAGUCAUUACUACCUGCCUGGCACUGGGCACCAGGAGGAUGGCCAGGAAAAACGCCAUCGUCCGCAGCCUGCCAUCAGUGGAAACGCUGGGUUGUACCUCCGUUAUCUGCUCUGACAAAACAGGAACACUGACCACCAACCAGAUGUCAGUCUGCAGGAUAUUUGUAGUGGACAGUGUGUCAGGGGAGCAAUGCAGCCUGAACGAGUUCACAGUGACUGGAUCUACUUACGCCCCUGAAGGGGAAGUUUUCAAAAAUGGCUUAUUGGUCAAGUGCAGUCAGUACGAAGGCCUGGUGGAGAUGGCCUCCAUCUGUGCACUGUGUAAUGACUCAUCACUGGACUACAAUGAAGCAAAGGGAGCGUUUGAGAAGGUUGGGGAGGCAACGGAGACUGCCCUCUGCUGCCUGGUGGAGAAAAUGAACGUCUUUGACACUGACUUGAGAAGACUGAGUCCUGUCGAGAGAGCUACAGCGUGCUGCUCUGUGAUUAAGCAGCUGAUGAGGAAGGAGUUAACACUGGAAUUCUCUAGAGACAGAAAGUCCAUGUCUGUCUUCUGUUCAGCCAAUAAACUCACCAGGUCUACCUCUGGAAACAAGAUGUUUGUGAAGGGAGCUCCAGAGAGUGUGCUGGAGCGUUGUACUCAUAUCCGGGUCAGCGGUUCUGCUCGUGUGCCUUUAAGCCCGGCAGUUCGAGAGCAGAUCCUGUCCACUGUGCGGGAGUGGGGGUCAGGCCGGGACACACUACGUUGCCUUGCUAUGGCAACCCGGGACACGCCCCCAGAAAUCCAUUGUCUCAACCUGGAGAACUCAGCUACCUUUGCUGAAUAUGAGGCGGACCUGACCUUUGUAGGCUGUGUGGGCAUGUUGGACCCCCCCAGGAAAGAGGUGCUAAGCGCAGUCCGAAUGUGUCGGCAGGCUGGCAUACGAGUCAUCAUGAUCACAGGUGACAACAAAGGGACAGCCCUGUCUAUCUGUCGGAGGGUGGGGAUCAUCACGGAGCAGGAAGAGGAGCAGGAGGGUGUUGGGGGAGGCCUGACAGGACGGGAGUUUGACGAGCUGCCCCCCCACCUGCAACGUCAGGCCUGCCAGAGAGUACGGUGCUUCGCCAGGGUGGAGCCAGCACACAAGAGUCGUAUAGUGGAGUAUCUCCAGGGCCUGGAUGAGAUCACUGCCAUGACAGGUGACGGGGUGAAUGAUGCACCAGCGCUGAAGAAAGCUGAGAUCGGCAUCGCUAUGGGCAGCGGCACAGCCGUAGCCAAAUCAGCCUCUGAGAUGAUCCUGGCUGAUGACAACUUCUCCACUAUUGUGGCAGCUGUGGAGGAAGGCAGAGCCAUUUACAACAACAUGAAACAGUUCAUCAGAUACCUGAUAUCAUCCAACAUAGGAGAGGUGGUCUGUAUUUUCCUGACAGCUGCUCUUGGCAUGCCUGAAGCAUUGAUCCCAGUCCAGCUGUUAUGGGUCAACCUGGUCACUGAUGGUUUCCCAGCAACAGCUUUGGGCUUCAACCCUCCUGACCUGGACAUCAUGUCCCGCCCUCCUCGCUCCCCCAAAGAGCCUCUCAUCUCCAGCUGGUUGUUUUGUCGCUACCUCAUCAUUGGAUGUUAUGUGGGGGCAGCCACGGUUGGAGCUGCUGCCUGGUGGUUUAUGGCAGCCCAUGAUGGACCUAAACUUUCCUACUAUCAGCUGUCCCACUACCUGCAGUGCACUGAAGGCCAUGUUGAGUUUGCUGGUGUGCAGUGCUCAGUCUUUGAGUCUCCGUAUCCCAUGACUAUGGCUCUGUCUGUCCUGGUUACCAUAGAGAUGUGCAACGCCUUGAACAGUCUUUCAGAGAACCAGUCCCUGCUGAAAAUGCCUCCCUGGUCAAACCCAUGGCUGGUGGGGGCCAUCUGUCUGUCCAUGGCCUUACACUUUCUUAUUCUUUAUGUUGACCCACUGCCGGUGGUAUUCCAGAUACGCCCUCUGUCAUGGCCUCAGUGGGUGGUGGUGUUAAAGAUGUCACUUCCUGUCAUUUUCAUGGACGAGGCCCUCAAGUUCCUGGCACGCAACUAUAUUGAGCCGGGAAACCAGACAUUGGAAGAGGAAGAGGAGCUACAGGCAUCAAGGGCUAAUGCGGGAUUGUUCAGUGUCAUGAGCACAAGGCUACACCAGUCAUUGAGGGGUGUGUCCUGGUCCUUCGUCCUGAUCUCGACUCCACUAGUGAUCUGGAUCUUCAGCCUGGACUCUGACAUCACCAACAUCUUCUGGGAGUAAUGUGAGAAAGAGAUGACAGGUGGACUGUGGUUGGGGAGGCAGUGAAAGUCAGGAUGCUAAAGAAAGAAGGAGAAAAGCUAAAUCAGGCUUAUUGGGCAAAAUUGUUGUGACGUGAAGCAAGGUGGAAGAGAAAAAAACAUGAAACCUAUUUGAGAUUAAUGAAGGAAAGUGUUUUUAGUCAGAAGACAAUCAGUAAAAGAAAGUGCAAGGCAGUUUCAGACCAUCACCUGCUAUGAAAAUGUGCUAUGUGUAGCUAAUUGUCUCUCUCGAUCCUGUGAUCACAUUUACUCUGACUGUGCUUACAUCGGCUCCCCAUUUCCCUGAUUAAGCAUACACAUGUUGGUCAGUUGGUCCAAAUCAGCCUUGGGUUCGGAGUUAAUUGUCUCUGUGACCGAAUACCUCUAACACUAAAGAACAUAGUACCUCAGUUGUACUUUUAUGUUAGCAUAGCAUGCUAAUCUACUAAUUGUUACACUCUAAGAUUCUGAAGAUUGUGUGACAGAAAUUAGCAAGUUAACAUGCUAGUGUUAUCUUGUUUGUUUGAAACAAAACCUGACAUCUGUCUUUCUGCCUUAAAGUCAGCAUAGACUUCCCGCCAUAAAUGGACGCAGGGACACACAGUGUAAAAUUUGAUGUAGAUAAUCAGUGAUUCAACCUUUUGCAUAUUGUCUUCCAAGUAGUUUGAUUUGAAACACACGGUUUAAUUGAACUUGUGUUUAGAGACCUGGAUUUGGUAGGUGGAUGUGUUUCAAUUCCUUUCUGAUUUCUUAGUAACAACCAAUGGCUGUAUAUAAAGAUAGAAGACACGUCUCCACUUCCUCCCCACUGGAAGCUUAUUAUUUUCUUAUUUUGAGGACAAAUAUCGUACAGGACCGCAGUAGGGAUGGGACGCUCAAUGCCGAUGUUUUUUAAGCUGUUAUUAUCGUACAUCAUGUAUUAUUGAUUGAUUAAAACGAGGGCAAAAUUAUCAUAUAAAUACAAUAAUUAUUGUGCAUCUGGUAACACUGUCCCCACUGUACAGAAAUUGAGCCAAACUAUCUUGGAUAUGGGCACCGCUUGAAAUUUAUUUGACUUGUGUUUGUAGGACUUCACAUAAGCGAGCUGUCAUGUCGUCCAUCUUUAUGUACGUCAUUUGUAACUACUUGCUACGUUACAACAACAGUGCUUGUAACUAGUACUGUUGUUAUAUGGUAGCAAACUGUUGAAUGGGAGAUUUGUCUUAACUAGCAAAGGCUUAGGUAAUGUGUUGUUGAGAAGCGUUAGAAAGUCAUUGUAGCGUCACCGGCUAUAUUUUAGAGAUAAUAGCAUAAUGUUGAGAUCGGUGAAAUAUGAGUCUUCUCAGUUUAUAUAUUAAUUUAACAGGGUUUUGUUAAGUGUUGAGUCAGAUUUGUCGACCUAAUCCCUUUACCUUGACUAAAUAGGUCUUCUAUCAGCAAGCAAAUGUUGUCAGGAUACUUAGUGAGCUCAGUUACCUAAGCAGAUGUUCCAACUGGCAGUUCAUAGGUGUACAUAUUUCGUUCUAAGUUUUAAUUUUGUGAUGUGUAAGGCUUCACGUAGAAAAAAUGUAUGUUAUAACAAGGCUAAAUUUGACUUUAAGAGCUAAUACAAUAGACCUCUUUAGAGGUAAAUGUAACCAGUUAUUCAAAAUGAAAGGCAAAAGCAAAGAUUAGAAAGUAAGAACAAUAAUUUGGAAUUGUUUAUUUCCUCUUAACCAAACAACAUGUUCAUGGCUUACUGAAGGUUUUAAUGUUACACAUAGCACCUUUCACAUGAAAACACAUGGUUGAAAAUUGAGUGGAUUGGAUUAGAUAGAAGGAAGACAGAAGCACUGAGUCGUCCACAGUCUCACACGUAUACACACACCAGCUUUACAGACACACUGUAAUUCCCCAGUUAUAAAAUAUGGUCUACACAGUAAAUGAGACUAAAACCUGCUUUUACCCUCUGAAGGAAGACUUUAAGCAGAAUGCAUGUCAGUGCACGUUAAGCUACACACUUUAAACAUGUUACAGUGGAGUGGAAGAUCAACCACUUACUCUGUGACUGAUUCUAAAGAUGAUACAUCAAAUCUAAAAGGGAUUCACACUUCUAAGUGUGUAUCGAGGUCAGCAGUACACUUCACCAUCACAUCUAAAAUCUUACAGCCUAGUUGACUCUGUAGUUCAAUAUCCAUCACUGUAUGAGUUGAUUGUCUCUGAUACUGAAAAGCUCUUGAGUCUUCAAUGUAUAUUGACUUGACCAGACACCCUGAGGCUUCACAGACUGAAGCCCCAUUUCAAGCCUUCACACCAGGAUCAUUGACAUGAACCUGUUUGAUUUGAGUAGUUAAGAAAUGUUGAUGAUGUUAUUUAUAUUCAUGAUUAGACACAGUAUAUGUUGUUGUGUACUUCUAGGUACAGUCAGUCUAAAGGAUGGGAACUGACUGCUACAUAUAAUGUGUAAGCUAAAUGGAAUAAUAUGGUUCUUUAUGUUAGGGCUUUGAAUAUACUCUCACUACUCCAGUCCCCACUCAGUACACUGCAACUUUUUCUGAUUUCUUUACUACUUUUCUCCCCUUGCCUCUUAACCACAGACACUGCCUCUUUGUUAGUGGAGUGGCCAGGAUGCACUGCAACCUGUAACACACAGAUUCCCAGUGAUACAGUGGGCCUGAUGCAGAGUGAGUGUGGUAAUUUUGUGUGAAUAAUUGACCUGUCUGCCAUUUUCUCCAGUGAUGUCAUUGUGACAUCUCACUCUGUUUGCCAUUAAAGGGAUUUUUUUUUCAUGCAGUUAAGAUAAUUGUUGGGUAUCAAAUGUGGCCCUGACAACGGGGCUACUUUUAGCAAAAAUAUCUGUGAUUUGUAUAAAGUGUAAAGUCACAAUAUUCUAAGUUAAGAAGUCUAAUGUUAUAAUGAAAAAGUCAUGACAUUAUAAGAAUAAAGUUGCCUGACACACUGAGCUCAGUUAGCAGGAAACUAGCAGAGCAUUAUUAAUGAAUUCCUUAUUUCUGUUCUGUUCAAUUAUUCCUUUUGUUUCAACUUCAAUCAUGUAAUAUUAUGACUUUUCUUGUAAAACUCUGACUCCAUUGAAAUAUUAUGCUUUUCUUCUAAAUUACAGCAUAACUCUCUUGGUGUGUUUUCUUCUUAAAAUUGUGUCUAUUUUCUACUACCAUCUCUUUUCACAUUCAUGACUUUGCUCCUAACAUUACAGAAUUUUGUUAAGAAAUUCCAAUUACAUAUUUUGUUCUUUUUGCAUAUAAUGGAUAAAAGCUAUAUUCAAAAUUGAGACCUUAUUCUUACAAAAGUUCAACAUUUUCUCAAUACAGUAUAUUGCAGUAUUCUGUAAAAUAAUGAAUAUUCCUUUCUUUCCUAACGGUAUGGGUCGUGUUGAUAACAUUUAACAAAAAACAUAAACCGGUUUCUUAAAAAUCGAAAAGCAUUUCCGAUUCCGACAUGUUUCACCAAAACAUCUGUUUUGAAACACUUUUUUUUGUUUAAAUUUCUUAUGAUUAAACUUUGCUUCGUUAACCACUACUAUUUUAAUUACGGAAAACCAUAAAAGACCUUUUCCGUUUACUUUUUGCUAACCACGGGUCUGCGUCUUGUUUGCUUGCUUGCGUGUUUGUUUGUUUCUGAAUUUCUUGUCUAAAAUUGUUCUCUCGCAAUAGCAUAUUAUCUGUAAAGUGCAUUUAUUGCAAUAAAUAUUUCUUUUUGAUACCAAGGCAGAAAAACAUGUUGAUCCAAUUAAUAUUUAUGUUCUACUUUCAUUAUUUAUUCGGGUUUUUUUCUGAAGGUGUAUUAUACCAUGAUAGUCCAGCUCUUAAAAAACUCCAGGGUUCCAAGUUUGAUGAUGAUGAUGAUUGAUUGUCAACUAACACACUGUCUUUGGAAGUAGCUUGAGAUGAAGGGGGAGUUUUUGAAGAAGUGUUCAGACUCCAAACUGCUGAAACUGUCAAUGAAAGGUAGUUCUUGACUGACUUGCCUGUUGAAGUAAAGGUUGGAUUGAAGAGAGAUUGAGACAGUUAUUAGAGAAACAGCUUUUAAAUAUGCUUCUCUUUUCUUUAUUUCCACCUGGUUUCCAUAGCGAGGGAGCACUUCUUUUCAUGUUCAUGUUGAAGGUUGUCCAUGUUACUGUUGAACAGUGUGUUGUCUUGGGAAAUGCUGUUAUGGGAUGAAAACAAUAAAUAACAAUUGUUCAGA